AUGAUCAGGAUCUUCCAGGCAAUGGUGCCAUUGCUGCCGUUUUAUUUGGUGUGUGUAACACUGGGACUCUCCUUGGCAUGCAUGCUCACUCUUUUCUUCCCUUCAUGUCCAGCCAUUGUACCAGCCCUGACAACCUAUGAUAAUUGGUCCACUACGAUUCUUGCUUUGAGUCUAGUGCUGUUCCACGUUGUACGAAGACUUUGGGAGUCUCUUUGCAUUUCUGUUUACUCGGAUACGACAAUGAACCUAUUUCACUACGUUGUGGGGAUCAUUCACUAUACCAUAUUACCUCUGAGUAUAGUCUGUGAAUCCAGAGGCUUUUUUAAUUCCAGGCAAGGUCUUGUAUUUUCCGCGUCUGAGAUAACUCCGUGGCAGUGGUUUGGAGUGGUACUUUUCCUUUUCUGCAACCGAGAGCAACACUUGAUUUCUAAAGAAAUUGCUGCGCUAAGGAAAGCACCUGAUGGGCUGAUUUUCAACUACGCUCAUGGAAUUUGCUAUGGAGGAUGGUUUGAUUACGUAUCAUGUCCGCAUUUUCUAUUUGAAAUCGGUAUAUAUCUAUCACUUUGGAUUGUUCUUCCGGGAGCUUAUGCUUAUCAGUUCCUUGCUAUAUUUGUCUUUGUCAAUCAAAUAUUCGCUGGGCAAAUCACUCACCGAUGGUAUCGGCGGACUUUCAAAGCGUAUCCAACUAGUCGAAAGGCAGUAAUACCGUAUAUUUUGUAG